GGUGUUGCCCCACCUCUUCACCAGACACGCCCGCUUCCCUUCCAGCUGAGUUCACUCGUGUUCGGUUACCUUCAAAAGUGUUUCCUUUGGGGAGGAGAGACAACAGCUCACUCCAGGAGCAGCGAACGGACAGGAUCAACGAACGGAUCUAUGGCCUAGCGUCUCCUCACGGGCUCCUUUCAUCUGAGAACUGAGAGAGGUUUUUGAAGACAAUAAAGCAACAGUAGGUUAGAGGAAGAAAGAACUUGAUUGGUUGAUGCUUGUUUCUCUUCUCUAAAAUGUUGGCUCUUUUUUGAAGUUACGUUUACUGAUUUCUGGGAGCACCCACCCCAUCGCGUUCACCUGAUGGUCCUGGAGGACUUUUCUUCUUCACAAGAGUUGUUGACGCACAACCCACUAACCCCUGGACGUUGACAGCACCCUUUCCAGACCCUCAUCGCGUUCAUAGUUCUCUCUCUCUCUCGUUUCUGAGUGAAAACUACAAAAAUAAGUGAGAAACACCGCGCCACUUGCGCACCGAACAUCUCUCUUUAGUCUGCGUGAUCAGAAGCCACGGGGAAGGAAUAAAAAGGAAGCGAGAGAGACAGGGAGCGAGAGGCACAUAUUGUGACGGGAGGAGGAAACGUGUGUUUUGAUGUUUGGGAUCCAGGAGAACAUCCAGAGGAGCGGGAGUGUUAUGAAAGAAGAGCCCUUGUUGACCGGGAUGAACGCCGUGCGGAGCUGGAUGCAUGGCGCCGGGCUGCUGGACGCAAACACAGCCGCCCAGAGCGGAGUGGCUCUAGCCCGGGCACAUUUCGAGAAACAACCGCCCUCCAACCUUCGCAAGUCCAACUUCUUCCACUUCGUGCUGGCUCUGUACGACAGACAAGGGCAGCCGGUGGAGAUAGAGAGAACCAGCUUCGUUGGAUUUGUUGAAAAGGAUAAAGAAACGUCAGGGGAAAAGACCAACAAUGGGAUACAGUACAGGCUACUGCUCCUAUACAGCAAUGGUAUCAGGACAGAACAGGACUUUUACGUGCGCCUCAUUGAUUCCAUGACCAAACAGGCGAUCACCUAUGAGGGACAGGAUAAGAACCCUGAAAUGUGUCGGGUUUUAAUGACUCAUGAGAUCAUGUGCAGGUACAGUCAGAAGAUCGGUUUAUUCAGAAACGGCUUGUCAGUCUGCUUCCCCCUCCCCCUGUACCCAGAAUGCAACGCUCCCCAGGUCCAGUGGGACCACAGCAUGACCCAGUUCUGA